AUGGCCACCUUCUCCAAUACCUCUGACGCGUUCUAUGACGACGUCUCAGGCACUUCCCCAAGAGCAUAUCGAAGUGCACAGUUGAAUCGCCAGGGCAGCAGGGCUGACCCUUAUGGAAGCAUGGGUGGUCCCAUGUUUGGGGCCGACAGCGCUUUACCCAACAUGCGCUUCGACGGCAUGCGGGAUAGCUUUGGUGCACCCAUGCAGAAUCCUGGAGUUGGAAACAUCAAUUUUCCCUAUGAUGCGAGCGCUGCUCAAACGUGGAGUUCUGGGGGUGCAUCUUUGCAGUCCUUUGGGAACGGCAUGGGCAACAUUCCUCAAAAUGCCAACUAUGGGCCAUCACGGAGUGUCAAGCCCAGCAGAGGUCGUGUGGGCAUUUCGAACAUUUGGUAUGAUCAACCAGGACAGUUGCAACAACAACACCCUGCGAUUGUGGGACACCGACCAGGCCCUCAAGGCCGCGGUGACCAGCAGGAAGACGACGAUGAGCUGAUCCCCACCGCAAUUGUGAUAAAGAAUAUCCCCUUCGCCGUGAAGAAGGAGCAACUUGUCCAACUGAUGGUCGACAUGAACCUACCUCUGCCAUAUGCAUUUAACUAUCAUUUUGAUAAUGGCGUUUUCCGGGGAUUGGCCUUUGCCAACUUCACUUCUCCCCAAGAGACCGAACAAGUCAUUCAAGCUCUCAAUCACAUGGAUUUGAGCGGUCGCAAGUUGCGAGUCGAAUACAAGAAAAUGCUACCUCUCGCUGAACGAGAGCGUAUUGAAAGAGAGAAGCGCGAAAGGCGUGGUCAGUUAGAGGAACAACACCGCCCAAUGGCACAAUCACAGCUUCAUAACCAGGUUUCGUUGUCCUCCAUCUCGCGGAAUACCCCUUCACCCCUGUCACACCGCAGCACAAUGCCUGAUGUCGACAUGAAUGACCCCAAGACUCUCGAGUUCUAUACCGAGAUGACUCUGUUCAGACGAGACCCUACUCGCGAAGUCCUGAUAUUCCCGCCAUCGCUGGAGCCUCACCAUCGUCGCGUUGUCCACACGCUGGCACACCACAUGGGUUUGAUGCACACAUCGCGCGGUACUGGAGACCAGCGGCAGGUUCAUAUCCACCGACCAGCUCCCGGCACAAAUGUGAGCCCACCAACUCUCGCAGGGGGAUUUGGGUCCAAUGACGGAAUGCGCCAGCCUCUCGCCAGGUCUUCUACAGCGGACUUCAACGACGGCAGACAAUAUGAAGGUCCUGCUUUUAACACUCUGCGCGGCCAAUCCUCGGUUGGGUUGCUCGACGUGAUGGAUUCCAGCGCCUAUGGCAGAAAUGCCGAUAGCAACCUCCGCAAUGCCAAGUCCUUUGCCGACCUCCGAUCAUGGAGCCCUUCGCCUGUGCCUUCGUCUGCGAGCUUCCCAGUAGCCUUACAGACCAAUGGAGCACGUUUGCAAGCGUUGAAUGACACAGCUGGCUCCAACACACCAACAUUGACUCCGACAGCCUCUAACGCAGGUGCCAACCGAGAAGAACCACCAUUCCUCAUCUCUAGCUUUUCCAAUCUUUCCAUGACGAACAACAGCGGCAGCCAGACCAGCCCCCGCCGGCAACGCAGCUUCUUUGGGAACGGAUCUGAAUGGAGUGACGGCCAAAACUACCAGCCCACUGCCCCGAUUGGCAGCAAGCGAACCGUCAGCAUCGGGCCGGAGACCACCUCCCAGAACACCAAUCCCCUGCGUCAGUCGCGAGGGCCAAGUUCCACCAGCGCCAUCGGAUUCCGCCGACAGAACGGACGUGGCAGCGACGAAUUGCGUACGGCCGCAUCAGCAAUUGCCGAAUGA